CAAUGGCACGGUGUUGUGCAGGGCGGAUUAGGACGUGCCAGGGCGGCCAAUGAGCUCUAGAAGAGUGGCUUGCGGACCCUCCCUGGGCGGCGCUCCUCUGCUCGGAGGUACCGCCCUUCCGGGCAAGGGACACCCCCCACACCGGUUGGACCACCGACCCGAGGUGGCGCCGCUGCACAAAGCAAUGGGUUUUCCCGAUUAAAAAGAAGGGGUGGUUUAGAAGGUGCCAGAGGAAUGAGGCAGGUGGACGCGAUUGGGCUACAUUCUGAGCAAGGUUCUAGAACUGGGAUCGCAUUGGCAGCAGCAGGGCGUACACCUAGUCCCUCACCUGGGUCAGGUGCGUGCCCGUUGGGCGGGUCCUGCGGGAUAGGCUGGCCAAGGAGAACCCUUCCUCUUCCUGGGCUGCUGUGAGGAGCUCCAGCGUCGUGCGGAGCGGCGGGCAUCAUGAAUAACCCUAUACCUUCUAAUCUGAAAUCAGAAGCAAAGAAGGCUGCCAAGAUAUUAAGAGAAUUCACAGAAAUAACUUCCAGAAAUGGACCUGAUAAGAUUAUUCCUGCCCACGUGAUUGCAAAAGCAAAAGGACUUGCAGUGUUGUCUGUGAUUAAAGCUGGAUUCCUGGUGACAGCCAGGGGAGGCAGUGGGAUUGUCCUGGCACGUCUUCCAGAUGGAAAAUGGUCUGCACCUUCAGCCAUUGGGAUUGCUGGCCUUGGUGGAGGAUUUGAAAUAGGAAUAGAGGUGUCGGAUUUGGUGAUAAUUCUGAAUUACGACCGAGCAGUAGAAGCCUUUGCAAAGGGUGGAAACCUGACUCUCGGAGGGAACUUUACUGUAGCAGUCGGGCCCCUGGGCAGGAACCUGGAAGGAAAUGUGUCCCUGAGGAGCUCUGCAGCUGUCUUCACUUACUGCAAAUCCCGGGGCCUUUUUGCUGGCAUCUCCCUGGAAGGAAGUUGUUUGAUUGAAAGGAAAGAGACUAAUCGCAAGUUUUACUGUCAGGACAUUCGAGCUUACGACAUUUUGUUUGGAGACGUUCCACAGCCUGCUCAAGCUGAAGAUCUUUAUGAAAUCCUCAAUUCCUUUACUGAGAAGUAUGAAAAUGAAGGGCAGCGCAUCAAUCUGAGGAAGGCAGCACGGGAGCAGAAGAAGGCUAAAGAAUUACCUCCAAAACCAUCAUCAAGACCACAGCAAUCCCUAGCUCCCAUCCAGCCGAAUGGCCCCCAGAGUAAUGGAAAUGAAUAUAAGUUAUAUCCUGAGCUUUCUAGCUAUCGUGAGAAAACUGACAAUUUGAAUCAGCCAAUAGAGGUGACAGCACUCUACUCUUUCGAGGGGCAACAGCCUGGGGAUUUGAAUUUUCAAGCCGGGGACAGAAUCACAGUUAUAUCAAAGACUGACUCACAUUUUGACUGGUGGGAAGGAAAACUUCGAGGCCAAACUGGAAUUUUUCCAGCCAACUAUGUAACUAUGAAUUAAAGUUCAUGCUAUUUUGUUAUUUGAUAACUGCUCAGAAAUAUUUCUACACGGACAGGAUUCAUUUAUUUGCGUUAAUCUGUUUAAACACUUCUUUGCUCUGCCAAUGUUUUAUCCAGUUAGAGAAGAUUUUUCUCUACAUAUAAAUAAAUGGUUA